AUGAACAUCAUCGUCCUUAUUUCUGGCCUGGGGUCAAAUCUUCAGGCGUUAAUCGAUGCCGAGCACCUGAAAAAGCUCAACGGGACCAUCACCGACGUCAUUCUGUCCCAGGCGGAUGCUUACGGGCUCAAGCGGGCGGAAAAGGCGCUGAUCCCGUCGCAAGUGCAUCUGCUCAAAGAAUACUACAAAGGGACGCCCAAGGAAGAAAAAGACAAACGCCAGCAGUUACGAAAGAAGUUCGAUAAGGAUCUCGCCGAUAUCAUCAUCGCCAAAAAGCCCGACUUGGUGGUGUGUGCUGGGUGGAUGCUCAUUUUGCUGCCCGCGAUCUUGGACCCAUUAAAAGCUGCCGGAAUCACUAUUAUCAAUCUCCAUCCCGCUUUGCCUAAUGCCUUUGACGGCACUCAUGCGAUUGAACGGGCGUGGAAGGCCGGCCAGGCGGGUGAGAUCACUAAGGCCGGGGUGAUGAUACACUACGUGAUUGCCGACGUCGAUAAAGGCGAACCGAUUGUAAUUAAGGAGCUUGACUUACGAAAGGAUGAGCUGUUAGACGACUACGAAGACCGGGUUCACAAGUUGGAGCACGUGGCGAUCGUUGAGGGCACUAAUAAGGUCUUGGAUAAAAUUGCGAAGGAUAAGGCCACCGACGACGACUUGGCGAAGGCGGCGGAAAGAAUUAAGAUAUAG